GAACUCUUUUUCCGGUAGCGGAGUCUGGAGAAGACACGCAGAAAUGGCACCUCGCAAGGGGAAGGAAAAGAAGGAAGAACAGGUCAUCAGCCUUGGACCUCAGGUAGCUGAAGGAGAGAAUGUGUUUGGUGUCUGCCACAUCUUUGCAUCCUUCAAUGACACUUUUGUCCAUGUCACCGAUCUUUCUGGCAAGGAAACCAUCUGUCGCGUGACUGGUGGAAUGAAGGUGAAGGCUGACCGAGAUGAGUCUUCUCCCUAUGCUGCCAUGUUGGCUGCCCAGGAUGUAGCCCAGAGGUGCAAGGAGCUGGGCAUCACUGCCCUCCACAUCAAACUACGAGCCACAGGAGGAAAUAGAACCAAGACCCCUGGACCUGGGGCCCAGUCAGCCCUCAGAGCCCUUGCCCGCUCAGGAAUGAAGAUCGGGCGGAUUGAGGAUGUCACCCCCAUCCCCUCCGAUAGCACCCGCAGGAAGGGGGGUCGCCGUGGUCGCCGUCUGUGAACAGGAUUCCUCAAAUUACUGUUUUCUGUUAAUAAAUUGGCUUUGUGUGAGCUAAAAAAAAAAAAAAAAAAAAAAA